AAGAGACCCGCUCAUAUCCUUUUCUGUAUCUCUUCUUCUGUUUUCGUUUGGAGGUGUAACUUCUCUCUCGUCAGAGUUCGCACCUCCGUCGUGGGAACACUGGUCUGUUUUUUGUAUUUCUGUCCUAUGCAGUCGAACCCAAGGCAUUUUCAAAUAUAUUUUCUAAACAAAGUGUUACAAAAUCUUUCUUAUUCUCCCUAAUUUAUAUUUCACAAACAUCUUCUCCUAAGGGUCAGAAACGACGGAGCAUUCAUUUACAUUAAAUACAGUUGCGCGUAAAACAUAACUUUUUUUUGGUCUGGGUUGUGGGGUUUCGUUUUGAGUGAAAGUUGUUAGCAAACGUCAUAAUACGAUCAAGAAAAAUAAUUUCGGAAUGAUUUUAAGGCAUUUCCGCACUUGUGGGCAAGGUAACUUCUUCAUCUUUUAUAGGCAGGAGUGGGUUCCGACACUUCAGCCUCUUGUGUCUAAAGUAUGGUUCAUUUGCAUAAUUUUUCUUGUCUACAGUGACGCUGUGUUUCGGGGGAGUUCACAUAGUGUCUGCACGAUACUUCUGGAGUGAGCCAGACUUUAAAACAGCCGCUGCUACAUUUAAUAUUCACACGAAACAGCCUUUUCUCUAGCGUUUGAUGAGUGCAGCCGUGUGGGCUGAUAGCGCUUAUCUUCAUGACCAGGGUGCGCUGCCACAGUCCCGGGCUUGCCGAUCCAGAUCGAGAAAGGGAUUGGUUUCGUGCCUUUAGCAGAGCUCCUGCUACCAUCUUGUCUUCCUCUUUUGUCCAUGACUCCCGCAAGUGCACGCGCUAUCUGUUGCUGCCCUUCGCCAAACUUUUCCUGGACUCCCAUUCUAUCGAUUUUGUCGCUGAAUGAGAAAAUAUUAUGUUGUGUUCUGCAUUUGUCGUCAGAGGCUAAGGUCUACCCAGAGAGGCCAUUGGCAGAGAGGAGUCACGUGACCGCGGGGGCCAAUGUUAUUCUACAAGGGUGUCAAGACCCUGUCAGUUUCUGAAAUAAAUAUUGGGAAACAACGAGAUGCAAAAGGCGACCUACUACGACAGCUCUGCAAUAUACAGUGGCUACCCAUAUCAAGGAGCAAAUGGUUUCGGUUAUAAUGCCAAUCAGCAGCAAUAUCCCCCCUCCUCUCAUGUGGAAAGUGACUACCAUCGACCCGCUUGCUCCCUGCAGUCUCCGAGCUCCUCCGUCCCCCUCCAGAAGCCCCCUGAGAUUGGGAAAAGCUGCAUGCGGAGCAGCGCCGCCCAGGCCAGCCAGACCCCUGGUCUUCCCGACAGCCACCCACAGCCGCCUCCCCAGGCGCAGGCCGCUGCCCCCACGCCAGCCCCGGCCCCUCCACCGCCGCCAUCCCCGCCCCAGAACCCCAGCAGCAGCUCCGGAUCGGGCUCCGGCCCGCCCAGCGCCGGCAAGAACCCAGCACACCCCUCCCCGCCGGCCGCCGGCAGCAAGCAGAUCUUCCCCUGGAUGAAGGAGUCGCGCCAGACCUCCAAGCAGAAAAACAGCAGCAACGCCAGCUCAGUGGAGAGCUGUCCCGAAGAUAAGAGCCCGCCGGGGUCGGCAGCGUCCAAGCGCGCCCGGACCGCCUACACCAGCGCGCAGCUUGUGGAGCUGGAGAAGGAGUUUCACUUCAACCGCUACCUCUGCCGACCGCGGAGGGUGGAAAUGGCCAAUUUGCUGAACCUCACGGAAAGGCAGAUUAAAAUCUGGUUUCAGAACCGCAGGAUGAAGUACAAAAAGGAUCAGAAGGGAAAGGGAAUGAUGCCCUCCCCGGGAGGCCAGUCUCCACGAAGUCCUGUCCCCCCUUCGUCGGUAGGGGGAUACCUUAAUUCUAUGCACUCGCUAGUAAACAGUGUACCAUAUGAACCCCAGUCGCCCACGGCUUACAAUAAACCUCAUCAAAAUUCAUAUAGUCUGUCGACGUCAUAUCCGGCGCCUCUAAACAGCACUCUGAGUAGCUGCCCGCCCCCCCAAAAGAGAUACGCUGGGACUGCCGCGGUUACGCCUGAAUAUGAUGCGCACCCCCUUCAAGGCAACGGCAGCUACGGGACUUCUCAUCUGCAGGGGAGCCCAGUGUAUGUUGGAGGCAGCUACAUUGAUCCCAUGACGAAUUCCGGGCCCUCCAUUUUUGGCUUAACGCAUCUCCCUCACCCUGCGUCAGGCAGCAUGGACUACAAUGGCGGUAGCACUAUGGCCAGCAACCAUCACCAUGGACCGUGCGACUCACAUCCUACAUACACAGAUCUCACUCCUCAUCACCCGUCUCAGGGAAGAAUUCAGGAAGCGCCCAAACUGACGCAUCUCUAACGGACCAGUUAGCUGUGGCGGAAUAUCCUCUGACCUCUUUGUCAUUGUGUUACCUCCGACCCCAUCCCUGCCUUUUCUUCAGUAGCCGACCCACAUUUAUACUUUCAAUUGUGAUGUAGUAGCAAUACCUGUUGCUUGGAUUUCUCUAGAGCUUCGUUAGUGUUAUCGGCUUUCAUGAACUUUGUGUGGGGGCGCGCGUGGUCCCCAGACAUCGUCUUUAAUUUCCCGCUCUUUACUUUCCAUUUUUUUUAAUCAAAACAGGGUAUACGAACAAAUUCCCUAAGUUGCAUCUGUGUGAAUUUGUUCUCUUUUAUUUAUCCCAGUUGAAGAAUUGUGUUUGUAUUCUGUUGCACUUCUCGGGGCCAUAAGAACCAAAAGCGCUUGAAAAGAGGUUUCUCAUCAAGAGCUCCGGGCCUCCGCUGUUUGUAUUCUGAUGGACAUUAUUUAUUUGUUCUUGCAAAAUAUAGUAUUCUAAUUGUCUGAAGUAUUAUUUAUCCCCUUGCUAAUAUUUAUAGAAUAAUCAUGGUACAAAUAAUAGUUUUUUUUUGUUCUUUCUGGCCUAGUUAAAAACACGUGAUCAAUAUUUGACACAAUCGCCCAAGUCAGUUCCUCGCAGAUUGAUUUUUAAUGAUGACAAAAAUGUAUCAUGCAAUAAGACAAUAAGAUCCGAAAACCAACCAUUGAUUUAGAUACAGUUUGUACUUGUUAAUUGCUUGAUAUGGAAAGUACUUUUCUGUUUUAUUGGCGUGCAUUCCAUGCUGCUCCGGUUCUGAGAAAUAAAUAAACAUCUAAAAUA